AUGUCGGCUGGACCGAUCCUAUCUCAACUAUGGUGUUCAUUUUGGGCACAAUUGGUGAAAUUGCCACAAUAUUUGUCACAGCUGUUUUGCGGGCUUCUUCACAGGGGUCAGUCGGGGCAUGGAUCACGGGGCCCUCUAUCCUCCACAUCGGCAGAGCGCGCCAAAGAGCUUCUCUUUUCCCCAGAUGAGCUCAUUCCCGGUGGCCAACUUCACAAGAGUACGCCAUAUCCACUCACUCCGCAGCAAGUGGAAAAUUCUAUUGAAACGUUUAUUGCCUCAAUAAACAAAUCUGCCAUUUGUGCUCUAGCAUCAAGACAUAAUGGCGGGAAAAGCUGUAGGAUUAUCGACCAGCGGAAUGGUAGCUUUAACAUUUGUUUCUUUGUUCUCUUUGAUGCCGAAGAUGUCAAAUGGGUUGUUAGAAUACCGAUUGAACCAGUUAUUAGCAAUACCUGGGCCAAGGUCGUCAGUGAGGUCACCACUAUAAAGUACAUCAAGUCGAAGACGACGAUUCCAUGCCCCGAUGUCUAUGGGUACGGACAUGAAGACACAUUAAUUGAAGGUGUUUCAACACCGUUUAUGUUAAUGGAAUGUCUACACGGCCAACAACUUAGCACAAGGGCGGUCUUGCACGCAACCGAGACUCAACGAAGGAAUCUGUACAUUGAUCUUAUUGAUACUCUAGCACAACUAAGACAGCUCGAGUUCCCGGCGGCUGGCUCGCUGAUUCCAAAGUCAGAAAGCCUGGACAACGAAUCAGACCCUAUAAUCGGUCCACUUCUCUCUAUGACUGUUAAUGAGUUUGAACGACAGCGUGCAAUGCCACAGGCUACAGAAGUUUAUACAUCUAUGAAAGAUUUUAUAGAUCUUCACAGCCACAUUCUAUCCGAGACAUUUCAACUACCGGUUCAAGAACUAGAAUACAGACAGGCUAAGAUGGAAAUAUUUGCGCUGAACAGCAUAGCGAAGGAAAUCCGUACUUGCAGCGAGUUACAAGAGCCUAGUCACUUAUUUGUAUUAGCACAUCCAGAUUUAAGAUGUGGUAACAUUCUUGUUGAUGAUGAUUUUCAUAUCCUUGGCAUCAUUGACUGGGAGUUUACACAUACAGUCCCCCGACAACUCCUGUUACCGCCACCAUGGAUCACAGGCCAUGACCCUGACACUCUCCUUGUUAUAACAGGCGUUCCACGUCACCAAAUCUUACAAGAGUUCAGCCGUGUUCUCCAAGAAAUGCAUGAGGCAUCAAAUGGAUGGACGUUGCUGUGGCAGGACUGGGGAUUUCAGCAAGGCAUUCAUCUACAGGUGGAAGGACCACUAUUAAGGCUAUCCCCCGUAUCUCAAAUAUUGCGCCACCCCUCUAGCCUUAUGGAUGUGUAUUACUCGUCUAUUUUCCAACGCAUUUUCGGAUCUGCAACCUGCAAAGACGUGGUCAUCAACGACUUUUUUGAAGACCAGGAAAAUCGAGAACUUGCAAUGCGUGUUGAACUUCAAAUGCAGCGUUCGGGGCGCUAUACCGAUCACUUGAAAUCCCGCGGUUUAUUCAUUGCAGACGAGCGAUCUCAACAGCUUCAAGACGUCCUGACAAAUUUGCAAAUUUUAAUGCAAGCUAGACAGGAAGGUCUUGAGAAGAAAGGGAAGAAUUCGAUAUCUUCCAGAUAG